AUGGGGUCCUUAUCGAAACGAAAGCGCGAUCAAACAGAAGAAGUCAUCUCUGACGAAAAGCCUGCUGCUACCGAAGUUGAAAAGCCUACGAAGCCUGCGCAAAAACAAGAGGAUGAGACUUCCUUCGUCGACCUCGGUCUUGAUCCUAGACUGCUACAAGCUAUCGCUCAGCAGAAGUUUGCAAAGCCGACGCUAGUUCAGAGGAAGGCGAUACCUUUGGCUCUCAAUGGACAAGAUGUCUUGGCCAAGGCCGACUGUGGCUCUGGAAAGACGGCAGCUUAUGUUCUGCCUUUGCUCUCUAGCAUUUUGAAGCGCAAAGCUACCGACUCUACAGCUUUCACAACCGCCCUCAUCCUCGUCCCUACCCGCGAGCUUGCCGACCAGGUCUUCAAGGCCAUCGAACAGUUUGCUUCCUUCUGCGCAAAGGAUAUCAGCACAGUCAAGUUGACCGACAAGGUUGCCAAUGCCGUGCAGCGCGCCCUUCUCUCAAACUCGCCCGACAUCGUUAUCUCGACCCCUGCGACUGCCUGGCAUAAUGUCAACUCUUCAGCAUUAUCAAUCGACAAACUCACACACCUUAUCCUGGACGAAGCCGAUCUUGUUCUUUCCUACGGUUACAGUGAGGAUCUGGAGAACUUGUCACGAUCAGUUCCCAAAGGUGUUCAGGUCAUGAUGAUGAGCGCUACUCUUACAGACGAGGUCCAGACACUCAAGGGGAUUUUCCGACGCGACCCGACAUUGUUGGAUCUCAAGGAGAAGGAGGCUGAAGGCGAGGGUAUCACCCAAUUUGUGGCCAAGUGUGGUGAAGAUGAAAAGUUCCUUCUCGCCUAUGUCAUCUUUAAGCUUAAGUUGAUCAAGGGCAAGUGUAUUAUCUUUGUGAGCGACAUUGACCGAUGUUACCGUCUGAAGCUCUUUUUUGAGCAGUUCGGCAUUCGAAGUUGUAUUUUGAACUCCGAACUUCCCCUGAACUCACGAGUUCAUGUUGUUGAGGAGUUCAACAAACACGUUUACGAUAUCAUCAUUGCCGCCGAUGAGAAGAAUGAGAUGAUGGGAGAUGAUGAGGAACCUAUUGAAGGCGAGACUGAGGAUGCCGAGAAGCAGGCUGACGGAGAUGAUGCGGAGAUGGAAGCAAAGCGACCAAAGAAGAAGGUCAAGAAGUCCAAGGGCGCUGAUAAGGAGUACGGUGUAUCAAGAGGUGUCGAUUUCAAGAAGGUUUCUGCAGUCAUCAACUUCGAUCUCCCAACAACAGCAUCAGCCUACACACAUAGAAUAGGACGCACAGCGCGAGCUGGGCAGACCGGCAUGGCUCUGUCAUUUGUCGUCCCCAAGGAUCUAUACCGAAAGCACAUGCCCACUUCCACACCAACUUCAGAGAAUGACGAGAAAGUGAUGACCAAGAUCAUCAGGCAGCAAGCCAAGCGAGGAAAAGAGGUGAAACCUUACAACUUCAAUAUGAAGCAAGUGGACCCUUUCCGGUACCGAAUGAACGAUGCUCUACGUGCGGUUACCAAGGUUUCUAUCCGAGAGGCCCGAACAAGAGAGUUGCGACAGGAGCUGUUGAAGAGCGAGAAGCUGAAGCGAUAUUUCGAGGAGAACCCUACGGAACUCGCCCAUCUUCGCCACGACGGAGAACUUCGAACUGCUAGACAACAAGCUCACCUGAAGCAUAUUCCAGAGUAUCUCCUACCCAAAGAUGGCAAACAGGCUUUGACAAACGACAUUGGCUUUGUGGGACUCAGGAAAGAUCGCAAGGGCCAUAAGGGUAAGAAAGGUCGCGGAUUCAAGGUUGGCUCAAGGAAGCGAGAUCCGCUCAAGACAUUCAAGGCGAGGCGCCACUUGCAUCCAGCCAAUAUCUCCUCCAACUGCCCAAACUCCAUUUCUAAGAACUACAUCAUGACUCCUCCAGCCCAACUCCCUCUUCGACAGGUCACCAAGAACGGCCCCAAGAUCCCAUCUAUUGGCCUUGGUCUUAUGGGAAUCAGCGUUGGAUACGGCGCGGCCACAUCUGAUGAAGAACGUCUCAAGCUCCUCGACCGUGCAUGGGAACUCGGCUGUACCAAUUGGGACACAGCUGACAUCUACGGUGACAGUGAAGAUGUCGUAGGCAAAUGGUUCAAGCUUCACCCCGAACGUCGUCAGGAUAUCUUCCUUGCGACCAAAUUUGGGUUGCGCGCAGGUGAGACAGGGAUCGCUACUGAUUCAUCGCCUGAGCAUGUGAGGAGGAGUAUCGUGAGCAGCUUAAAGAGGCUUGGUGUUGAUCACAUUGAUCUGUACUACAUGCAUCGCGCAAACGAGGAUGUGCCUAUUGAGAAGACUGUGGAAGCCAUGAAGCAAUUGGUUAAUGAAGGAAAGGUUAAGUACCUGGGCCUCUCAGAGAUCUCGUCUACCACUCUCCGCCGAGCCAACGCCAUCCAUCCCAUCUCAGCAGUACAAGUCGAGUACAACCCCUGGACACUCGACAUUGAAGGUCCUUCAGGAACAAACCUUCUCAAGGCUUGCGAAGAGCUAGACGUGGCGGUGUUUGCCUACUCACCCCUUGGCCGUGGUAUCUUGGCCGGCCGUUUCCGCUCUAUCGAUGAUUUCGAAGAGGCAGAUACCCGAAGAAACUUGACGCGGUUCCAGGGUGACAACUUCAAGAAGAACUUGAAGAUUGUGGACCAGUUCAAUGAGUUAGCCAAGAACAAGGGAUUUACAUCCUCACAGCUCGUCCUGGCCUGGAUCUUGGAGCAGAGCCCCAACAUGUUUGUCAUUCCUGGCACCAAGAACAUCAAGUAUCUCGAAGAGAACGUGGGAGCAGCAAAGGUGACGCUGAGUAAGGAGGAGAAUCAAGACUUGAGGAAAUUGGCAGUUGAGGCUGGAGUUGUUGGAGGGCGGGACCCCUUCUUUGGCUGCUUCGCUGAUACAGCUCCUCUGGAGAAGUGA